ACAUAAUCAAAUUUGUGGACCAAAAUGGAGACAACUCAUCCACAAACCAAUGAUGACCCGUCUUUAGAUUUACAUCCCUCAAAUAAUCUUUACCCAAUUUCCACGGCCAAGAAUCAAAGACUGAUUUUUGUUACAAAAACCUCUCCAUUGAGAUCUGUCAAUUAGAUAUUUUUUUCUUCAAGAAAACGAAAAGAGGUUUGUUAUUUGAGAAAAUAUUGGUGACCCAUUUUAGAUUUGGAGGUGUUAAAUGGGUGAAGCAUUGAUGUCAAGUUUAGGAGGAGGAGGAGAUGGUGAAUGUUUGAAUAGUGUUUUGCCAAAAAUGGUGCUUAGGGUUUUAUUGGUUGAAGCUGAUGAUUGUACUCGUCAAAUUAUUGCUGCUUUGCUUCGUAAAUGUAGUUAUAGAGUUGCUGCUGUUCCUGAUGGUUUGAAGGCAUGGGAGACACUAAAGGAAAAGCCUCAUAACAUAGACCUUGUAUUGACUGAGGUAGAGCUGCCGUUGAUAUCUGGAUAUGCACUGCUUACUUUAAUUGUGGAGCAUGACAUGUGCAAAAACAUACCUGUUAUAAUGAUGUCCUCUAAAGAUUCCAUUAGCACAGUCUUGAAAUGCAUGGUUAAAGGAGCAUCCGACUUUCUCAUCAAGCCUGUAAGGAAAAAUGAGCUGAGGAACUUGUGGCAGCAUGUUUGGAGAAGAAAAACCGGUGUUACAGAUAUUAGACAUAAAGAUGAUAUAAAUAUGUGCAACGAUGGAAGACCUGAAGAAUGUGUUGAAAUGGUCGAAAGAUCAUUUAUGCCAGAAAGUAAACCACUAGCAAACAUGACCAGCUCUGGAAUGGGAACUUCUUCCGGCAGUACACCUGACAGCGGAGUUGCUACUGGUUCAGAAGAAGCCACUUUUUGUGCCGAACCAAGGGUUACGGGUAAUGAAGUGCAGCAUGGAUGUCAUAGUGCAAAUACGUGUACUGCUGAUGAAGUUGAUUGCCAGUUGAAUGAACUCUAUUCUGCACCCUGUACUAAAGCUGUUGACUUGAUGAGGAAUUUUGAAAAUUACUUGGCUCAUAGUGAUGGCCAUUCUCAUGACAGCAGAGAGAAAUCAAAUCUCGCUUCCAGGCUGGAUCUUUCUUUGAGAAUCUCUAAUCCCAGUUGCUUAAAUGUUGAAGCGUCCUGGGAGCAGAACAUGAUCAGUCAUUCAAAAGCAUCCGCCUUUUCUAAAUAUGAAAAUAAGAAGACGUUGCAACCUCUUUUCCCUGGAUUGAGUAGCAAUUCAGCUCCAUUGAAGGAAGGCUCUAGUGCCUCUACGUGGCAGUGCGACGCUUCAUUGACUGAGAGUCAGGAAAACGAAACAGCUCUGGUUAUGCGCCAACCAGGAAGUUGUGAAGUUGCAAUAUUAGGCACCCAAGUAAGCUUCAUUCCAGUCGACAGGGUAAGGUCUGUAAGUGACAUUCACAUAAAUGCUUCAGUUUCCAAUACACAAUCAGGUUCUCAACAAGUACAGAACCGUCGAUCACAGUCUCCACUUCCAACAAGUUCUUUGACUUAUUCAACUUCUGAAGUACAAAAUCUGGAUCAUGACAAACAACCAUUUAAUGAUAGUACAUUUCACUCUGAGGAUAAUGCGGAAGAAGAAGAAGAUAACAGAAAUUUAGUAACAGUUGAAAAGGCAAGAUAUGAUAAUGGAACUUGUGAAUCUAGUGAUUUGGCAAGUGGCGUGAAAAAUAAGCUCAGUAGCUCUCAUUGCGGAAGUAAUUCUGAUGAAGCUGUAGAAAGUUCCUUCCCAGUUGCAAGUCCAGAGAGAGCUCCUGUUUCUGAGAGUGUGAAUUACAAUGAUAGGACAAGAUCAGAGAAUCACAGCACCAGUCAAAGGGAAGCAGCACUGAUGAAGUUUCGUUUAAAACGGAAAGAUAGGUGCUAUGAAAAAAAGGUUCGAUACGAAAGCAGGAAAAGACUUGCAGAGCAACGACCACGAGUGAAAGGACAGUUUGUUCGUCAGCUGCAAAACGGAACUCAGCCUUUGUCGAAGGACAAAGAUGAAAUGCGAGUAGUCCAUCAAUGAGAAAAAUUAGGUUUUAGGCAAAUGUAGCAUAACCAUGAAGAUAGGUAUACAAGUUUGUAGUUUAUGAGUAUGUUGUAUGUGUAUGUAUUGUAAGCUUGGGAAUUAGGGGAUUGAUGAUAGUUGCAACUCAAGUUGUUUCAAUUUUUGUUUGGUUAUUGGUUUAUUAUAUGUACUUGACUUAGUAAAUGGAAUUUGUCUUGCAUUAACUUUGCAAGUGCUUGAGAAUUCAUUUGA